AUGGGUCGCAUGCACGCUCCCGGCAAGGGCAUUUCGUCCUCUGCUCUCCCCUACCGCCGCGCUCCCCCUUCCUGGCUCAAGACCACGCCCGAGGACGUCGUAGAGCACAUCGCCAAGCUUGCACGCAAGGGUCUCACCCCCUCGCAGAUCGGUGUCACCCUCCGUGAUUCGCACGGCAUCCCCCAGGUUCGUUUCGUGACCGGUAACAAGAUCCUCCGUAUCCUCAAGUCCAACGGUCUCGCGCCUGCGAUCCCGGAGGAUCUCUGGCACCUCGUCAAAAAGGCGGUCGCCGUGCGCAAGCACCUCGAGGUCAACCGCAAGGACAAGGACUCCAAGUUCCGCCUCAUUCUCAUCGAGUCCCGCAUCCACCAUCCCCCAACGUUCAAGUACGACUCCGCCACCGCGUCGACCCUCAUUGCAUGA